UUCUCACUGGAGGCUCCGGAGGAGGUGGGCUCCAGCUGAAAAGGAAAUGCGGAGGCGUGGGCGCUCCCGGCCUGCAUCCUGCACCUCUUACACUUUGGUUUUCCCACAGACUCCUGAAGAAUAGGUCAGAAGAAAGGGUUAAAGCCUUAAAAGGGGAACAACCAUUGCGGGGCUCAGGGAGGAGGAUAAUGUUCUUUGGGCUGCCGCACCCUGAUCCCCGGGGUCCCGAACCCUCCCGUCCCUGGCCAGGCCUGCCAGCCACAGGGUGAGGGCCCCCUUCCGCCGCAACCUGCCACUCUCACACCAAUGCGGGACCGCCUUCUCUUCCUUCCCCACCCCCCACCCCACCCUGCCAUCCUUUCUCCCCCAAUCUCCGCCUCUGAUUGGCUGAGCCCCCGGCUCCCCGCUCCCCCUCUCCUCCAUCCCCGGUGAAAACUGCGGGCUCAGAGCUGGGUGCAGCAACCGGAGGCGGCGGCGCGUCUGGAGGAGGCUGCAGCGGCGGAAGACCCCAGUCCAGAUCCAGGACUGAGAUCCCAGAACCAUGAACCUGGCCAUCAGCAUCGCUCUCCUGCUAACAGUCUUGCAGGUCUCCCGGGGGCAGAAGGUGACCAGCCUAACGGCCUGCCUAGUGGACCAGAGCCUUCGUCUGGACUGCCGCCAUGAGAAUACCAGCAGUUCACCCAUCCAGUACGAGUUCAGCCUGACCCGUGAGACAAAGAAGCACGUGCUCUUUGGCACUGUGGGGGUGCCUGAGCACACAUACCGCUCCCGAACCAACUUCACCAGCAAAUACAACAUGAAGGUCCUCUACUUAUCCGCCUUCACUAGCAAGGACGAGGGCACCUACACGUGCGCACUCCACCACUCUGGCCAUUCCCCACCCAUCUCCUCCCAGAACGUCACAGUGCUCAGAGACAAACUGGUCAAGUGUGAGGGCAUCAGCCUGCUGGCUCAGAACACCUCGUGGCUGCUGCUGCUCCUGCUCUCCCUCUCCCUCCUCCAGGCCACGGAUUUCAUGUCCCUGUGACUGGUGGGGCCCAUGGAGGAGACAGGAAGCCUCAAGUUCCAGUGCAGAGAUCCUACUUCUCUGAGUCAGCUGACCCCCUCCCCCCAAUCCCUCAAACCUUGAGGAGAAGUGGGGACCCCACCCCUCAUCAGGAGUUCCAGUGCUGCAUGCGAUUAUCUACCCACGUCCACGCGGCCACCUCACCCUCUCCGCACACCUCUGGCUGUCUUUUUGUACUUUUUGUUCCAGAGCUGCUUCUGUCUGGUUUAUUUAGGUUUUAUCCUUCCUUUUCUUUGAGAGUUCGUGAAGAGGGAAGCCAGGAUUGGGGACCUGAUGGAGAGUGAGAGCAUGUGAGGGGUAGUGGGAUGGUGGGGUACCAGCCACUGGAGGGGUCAUCCUUGCCCAUCGGGACCAGAGACCUGGGAGAGACUUGGAUGAGGAGUGGUUGGGCUGUGCCUGGGCCUAGCACGGACACGGUCUGUCCUGACAGCACUCCUAGGCAGGCAUGGCUGGUGCCUGAAGACCCCAGAUGUGAGGGCACCACCAAGAAUUUGUGGCCUACCUUGUGAGGGAGAGAACUGAGCAUCUCCAGCAUUCUCAGCCACAACCAAAAAAAAAAAAAAAAGGGCAGCCCUCCUUACCACUGUGGAAGUCCCCUAGAGGCCUUGGGGCAUGACCCGGUGAAGAUGCAGGUUUGACCAGGAAAGCAGCGCUAGUGGAGGGUUGGAGAAGGAGGUAAAGGAUGAGGGUUCAUCAUCCCUCCCUGCCUAAGGAAGCUAAAAGCAUGGCCCUGCUGCCCCUCCCUGCCUCCACCCACAGUGGAGAGGGCUACAAAGGAGGACAAGACCCUCUCAGGCUGUCCCAAGCUCCCAAGAGCUUCCAGAGCUCUGACCCACAGCCUCCAAGUCAGGUGGGGUGGAGUCCCAGAGCUGCACAGGGUUUGGCCCAAGUUUUUAAGGGAGGCACUUCCUCCCCUCGCCCAUCAGUGCCAGCCCCUGCUGGCUGGUGCCUGAGCCCCUCAGACAGCCCCCUGCCCCGCAGGCCUGCCUUCUCAGGGACUUCUGCGGGGCCUGAGGCAAGCCAUGGAGUGAGACCCAGGAGCCGGACACUUCUCGGGAAAUGGCUUUUCCCAACCCCCAGCCCCUACCCGGUGGUUCUUCCUGUUCUGUGACUGUGUAUAGUGCCACCACAGCUUAUGGCAUCUCAUUGAGGACAAAGAAAACUGCACAAUAAAACCAAGCCUCUGGAAUCUG